AUGGAUAUAAAUAAGGAUGCAAUGACAAGAACCAAGAGGCAUAUACUUCCCAGAAAACAAAGAAAUCUACGAGCUCUGUCACAGCUUUGGUUUCUGGUAAUUAUGGGGUGUUUUGGCAAGCGUCGCCAUAAAAAGAAAGAAAACAAACAUCAAAGACCUGCUCUUGCCACUGGAGGUGCUUACCCUGCCAAUAAAGGUUAUCGCAGUGGAGCGGGCAAAGGCAAUGACAGUGGCAACAAAGAUGGUGGGAUGGUAAUUAUGACUAAUAUAAUGGCUGAAACUGCAGCUGCAGCUGCAGCCACUGUUUCCAGUGACAGCACUUGUGGCGGCGGGGGUGGAGGUUGUGGUGGCGGCGGCGGUGGUGGAGGUUGUGGUGGUGGCGGCGGCGGUGGAUGUUGA